UCUCUCAUUAAACUUUAUUUCUCCAUGGAAACACUUCCGUAUUAUACUCGUUUAGAACCUUUAUGCCGUCUAUCAGAUCCGGCUCAGCCUCACACACUUGAUCGGGUGGAAUCUGAGAGUCUCACUCCAAACUCUAUAUGCUUCACUUGCAAAGGAGAAAUUUUGCAAAACAGUGAGUACUACUCAUGUUACUAUUGUUGUAUUUGCGAUUUGAAAUUUCAUUUUGGUUGUGACUUGUUGCCACCGGAGAUUAGACACCCUUUUCAUCCCUCUCACCCUCUUACCCUCAUCUCACUAGAUCUUGAAGUUAAUAGUUCUAAGUUACCUCUUGAUGAUGAUGAUGAUGAUGAUGAUGAUGAUGAUGGGAAGCAUGAAAAAUGCAAAUGUUGUCGGAAACGACUUAAAAACGUUUAUUAUCAUUGUUCUGUUUGCAAAUUCAGCUUCAAUGCUUCUUGUACAACAUACCGACCACCUCUCACUAUCAAACCACCAAAGAGCCAUGAGCACACCCUCACCCUCUUCCCUAAAAGACUCCCUUUGCCAUGUGAUGCUUGUGGCUUGUCUCUGGAAGAUCAAACCGAUCAUGUUUUCACAUGUCAUCCAUGUAACUACAUGGUUCAUGGAACAUGUAUCUAUUUACCCCGUGUCAUUAAAAUCACCCGUCACCCUCACCGUCUCUCUUUUACUACCUCCCUUUCUCCUGGUGAUCUGUCUUGCGGGGUUUGUCGCAAAACCGUAGACAUCAAUUAUGGGCAGUACUCUUGCACUAAAGGAUGCCAUUAUGCUAUCCAUUCAAAGUGUGCAACGAGGGAAGAUGUAUGGGAUGGGAAAGAUCUUGAAGGAGUGCUUGAAGAAAAUGAAGAAGACGAAGAUAUUGAGUCAUUCGUCAAGAUUGAUGAGAACACAAUACAACAUUUCAGUCAUGACCAUUAUAUGAGGCUACAAAAGAAUGGAAGCCUUGGAGGUCAUGAAAGCAAGUUUUGUGAUGCUUGCAUUCUUCCACUAAUACCUUCAGAUAGUUUCUAUAGUUGUAUGCGGUGCGAAUUUGUCCUCCACGAUGUAUGUGCUUACCUUCCUCGAAAGAAAAACCAUCCGCUACACAAACACCCGCUUGUCCUCCUCCCAACGCCCACUGAGUUCUACGUAUUCCCUCCCGAGUUUUGUGUUGAAGACAUGUUCACAUGCAACGGGUGUGACCAAUUAGGUUGUGGUUUCGUAUAUGAAUGCGCCAAAGAUGAUUGUGGAUUUGUACUUGAUGUAAGAUGCGCUUCAGUUCCGGAUCCUUUAAACCAUGAGUGCCAUCCUCAUCCCCUCUUCAUCAACUUGACUAAAGGUGAAUGUAUGAGGUGUAAGUCAAUCUCCAAUUCCUCAUAUUUCCUAGAAUGUGUUAAAUGCAAAUCAUUUUUGUGUCUCACUUGCGCUAAUGUGCCUCGUGUGACACACUACAAGUAUGAUAGUCAUCCACUCACGCUUUGCUACGGAGAAGAAGAUGCAACAAAUCUCAAAUAUUGGUGUGAGAUAUGCGAAUUCAAAUUGGAUCCAAAGAUAUGGUUUUAUACAUGCGACUGUUGUAGGGUUACUCUCCAUGUUACAUGUUUAUUGGGAUUAAACAUGUACCUGAAGCCUCUACUGACCAUCAAAAAUUACAAUGAUGUUAAAGAGAAACUAAAAGCUUAG